GAUUUAGGGCGUUCUCUCUCCUGGCGAUUUUCCAGUUCAUGGGCGACUAAAGCCCUUUGGAUUGUUGAUGUGGACGGUGGCCGGAGUCUAUGCGACAGUGUCAAACCUAUGACGAAGUAAGGGACGGGGAGCCCACCGACUAGUACUGUGUGCUCCAGUGGACCCGCCAGCGCUUACCAGCCCAUAAUCUCAAGUGAAUGGCAAUUUUUCAGCCCUUACCCACCCCACCUGUGAGUAAACCCCUGGGUCCCCCUUGUUCUGGGCUAGCCCAAGCAUCACUACUGUGGGUGCAUUAAUUGGCCAUAUAAAUGAAUAGGAGCAUAUUGUUGACUGCCAAGCUUGAAAAUGACAAAAUGUCCUUAGCUGCCCAUCUGCCAUUGGCAUAAGUGAGAGCCACAUGAAAUCCCCAAAUCUCCAGCAUGACACGCCAGAUAUAAAUAAAAGCUAUUAGUGGGGUACAACCUACCAGCUACCGUUGCCCUCGUACAUUCAUUGCUUUCCUACUGUGCUCUGACAUUGAAUGAAGUGCACAAACUGCCCGAGGCUUCGGGAUAAAAUCAAUCACACACGGGGCAGUAAUUAUGACAAGGAAAUUUAUUGAUCAGUUGUAGUUCAAGGCAGCCGUGUACCAGAAAUAUCCCUUCUGCCCUGCUUCAUUUGGGUUGCGCUUGGCUUUAUUUAUCACUGGCGACCAGUUGCCAAAAACUGGAUUUGACAUGGAUUACUGGAAACAUCUUCAUCCAUGGAGAGUAACGAUGUAUAUCAACCUGACACUGAUUAAUGGUUAAAUUACUGUAAAUAUCAUGUGCCAGUAACAGUCACAGGACGUUGGGGAGCAUCAUGGAAAUCCAUUAACAUGUCCGCCGGUCAUGGAACGCUCAAUAGGUCAAGGGUGAAAAGCAACGCACAUAGAGGUUGCAACCAGCAGAAUCUGACUAGUGGAACGAUGAGACGGCUAUAACAGACGGAGCUAGAGCAGACUAAGAGAACUGGAAACACAUUCAUGGAGAAAUUGGCAGAAGGACCUUGGCAAAUGAAGAGCUAAGGAAUGACCUAGAGAGCAACCAAUCCAUCAAGCCUGGUCUAUUCAUUUUAAAAUAACCAUUCCAGUUUCACUCUGGAGGAAGAGAGAGGGCAUUGGGUAAUGUAAAGGGCCCACUCUGCUAAAGGGAAACCUCUAGAACCAGUUGACCCAUCAUUGGCUUGUGUGAUAUGUUGACAUUUUGGGAACUGGUGAAUAUUUGCCUUGGCUUUCCUGAAUUUUGGAGGCAGAGUAGCUGACACAUUGCCUGGACGUUAUUCUCCCAACACAUUGUUAGGAAAGUAUAUUCUGCUGUUCUCUGAUACGCAUAGACUGUACCAAGGAACUUAUCCCUUAGGGCACUGCUUGGGAGUAGAAGGAUGAGAACAAUUCACGAAGGAGAGGAAUAUGAAGGGAAAGGAGAGACAAAUGAACUUUCAAGGAAGGAAAGUGCAAGCCGCAACAUGAGGAAUUCAGUAGGACAUGAGGACUUUGAAGAGUUUGUCCUGGAUUUUGAGGACUAUGACCUCUGGGAAUCCAUCAAAACCCAUCUAAAUGAUCCAGAAGGGACCAGCAGCUGCGUCAAUCUGGACGAUCAGUCUACACUCCGGAGGCACAUAGCAGCCAAGAACCGUGUCUCUAGGAAGGAGCCCACCAUCACUGCUCCCAUAUGGACCCGGGCUAAAAGGAAGAGAGAUAAGGGACCUCAUGAGGUGUUUGUGGAGCUGAACGAGUUGAUCUGUGAGGGGGUGCAUAAGAUGCAAUGGAGAGAGACCGCUCGCUGGAUCAAAUUUGAGGAGAAUGUGGAACAGGAGACAUCUCGGUGGGGGAAACCUCAUGUGGCCUCUCUCUCUUUCCGUAGCCUCUUGGAACUCAGGAAGACCAUCACGAAUGGCACUCUCUUUCUGGACCUGGAGCAGACAACCAUGCCCAGAAUUGUUCAGACCAUUGUGGACACGAUGGUGGUUUCUGAGCAGAUCGGAGCCUGUGACCGGGCAAGUGUGCAGAGGGCCCUGCUGCUGAAGCACAGCCACCCCAAUGAUGGAAGGGAGGCACACCACCCGCGGAGCAGUACUGGCAGCAGCACUGGGAACCAUCUUGAGAACAACAGCCCACCAAUCGAAAACAGCUUCAGCAAAUCACAUGACGCCGACAGCAAGCAGAAAACCCUAAAUGGUCCAGAAGGUCAUCGUAUGAAACACUGGAAGCUGAUGGAAAAGAUUCCUGAAAAUGCUGAAGCGACGGUGGUCCUUGUAGGGUGCGUGGAUUUCCUUGAGCAAGCAGCUACAGCGUUUGUGCGGCUCGACGAGGCUGUUUUACUGGAAUCGGUGCUGGAGGUGCCCAUCCCUGUCCGCUUCCUCUAUGUGUUGCUGGGUCCGACUCAGGCAAACAUGGAUUACCACGAGAUCGGCCGCUCCAUUUCCACUCUCAUGUCGGAUAAGGUCUUCCACGAAGCGGCGUAUACGGCCGCCGGGCGCCAGGACCUGCUCAAUGCCAUCAAUGAGUUCCUAGACUGCAGUAUGGUGCUCCCCCCAUGUGAGAUGCAGAGUAAAGACUUGCUCCGCUCCAUCGCUGCCUUCCAGAAGGACCUACUGAGAAAGAGGAGAGAGCGGGAGCAGCGACGUUCCGCCAGGGAGAAUGUUCCACCCACGGUGCAGGGUCAGUCUGUAGAGGCCAGGCAACUGAAGCCGGAUGAUGAAGAGGAUGAUGAGAGUCAGUCCGACCCUCUUGAGCGAUCCGGAUAUCUGUUUGGGGGUCUAGUGCGGGACAUCCGCAGGCGCUAUGUGAAGUAUUGGAGUGAUAUAAAAGACGGUCUCAAUAGCCAGUGCCUGGCCGCUGCACUCUUUAUCUACUUUGCAGCUCUCUCUCCAGCCAUCACCUUUGGUGGCCUACUAGGUGAGAAAACUCAAGGACUGAUGGGAGUGUCGGAGCUCAUAGUGUCCACCUCUGUUCUUGGUGUCAUCUUCGCCCUCCUUGCUGCCCAACCACUACUGAUCGUAGGCUUUUCUGGGCCCCUGCUUGUCUUUGAAGAGGCUUUUUUUAAGUUCUGCCAGGUUCAGGAAAUCGAGUACCUAACGGGGCGAGUGUGGAUCGGAUUUUGGCUCAUUUUCUUCAUCCUGGUGAUGGUGGCUGCCGAGGGGAGUUUCCUUGUCCGUUACAUCUCCCCAUUUACCCAGGAGAUCUUCGCCUUCCUCAUCUCUCUCAUCUUCAUCCACGAGACCUUCUAUAAACUCUACAAGGUGUUUGCAGAGCACCCUUUGCUCAGGACUUACCCCCCCGUGGGGGCUGUUGUUGGCCGCACUGCUGCUCUGGGCCCCCGUAUGCAGCCCAAUACCGCUCUGCUGUCUCUCAUACUCAUGGUGGGGACUUUCCUCAUUGCCUUUUUCCUGCGCAAGUUCAAGAACAGCCGUUUCCUAGGAGGGCAAGCUCGGCGAGUUAUUGGAGAUUUUGGAAUUCCCAUAUCAAUCCUAGUGAUGGUUUUUAUUGAUUAUGCAAUAACCGAUACCUACACACAGAAGCUGAAUGUUCCAUCGGGUCUCUCAGUUACAUCCCCUGGGAAGCGUGGCUGGUUUAUUGAUCCCAUGGGGACCUCCAAGCCUUUCCCACUAUGGAUGAUGUUUGCUUCAGCCAUUCCAGCUCUGCUGGUGUUUAUUCUCAUGUUUAUGGAGACGCAAAUCACUACUCUGAUUGUUAGCAGGAAGGAGAGGCGCUUGCAGAAGGGGAGUGGGUUCCACUUGGACCUUCUGCUUAUUGGCUCCUUGGGAGGGGUGUGCGCUCUCUUUGGGUUACCUUGGCUGACCGCGACGACGGUGCGAUCUGUGACUCACAUCAAUGCACUGACGGUCAUGAGCAAAACUGCGCCCGGCGAGAAACCGCGCAUCGCUGAAGUCAAGGAACAGAGAGUAACUGCUGUUCUGAUCUCUGCUUUAGUGGGACUCUCCAUAGUCAUGGGAGAAAUGCUGCGCCAGAUCCCAUUGGCUGUGCUUUUUGGGAUAUUCCUGUACAUGGGUGUGACCUCCCUAACUGGAAUUCAGCUGUUUGAGCGUCUUCUACUAAUUCUCAUGCACCCCAAGCACCACCCUGAGCACCCAUAUGUGGUAAAGGUCUGUACAUGGCGGAUGCAUCUCUUCACCUGCGUUCAGCUUUCUUGCAUUGUGAUUCUGUGGGUGGUGAAAUCCUCUCCGGCAUCACUCGCCUUCCCCUUUCUCCUAAUCCUUACUGUGCCACUGCGGAGGUUCGUGCUGCCUCGAUUCUUCCAGGAGAGAGAACUAAAAGCCUUGGACUCAGAAGACGUAGAACCAAACUUCGAUGAAGACGGUCGGGAUGAAUACAAUGAGCUGCACAUGCCUGUCUGAGGCCGAACCCCAAUUCUGCCCCGCGGGGCCUCACUCCCCCAUUCCCUUACUCUCGUCGGCCUUUCUGAACCUCUCUAUUGUUCUCCUGUGGACUUUUUCAAACAGAACACUGAGUCCAUUUUACUGUAUUUGUUUCAUUACUGAGCCCAUUGUACAGUGCUGAGCCCAUUGAUCCCUAUUCACCCUCCAACCAGCUAUAGUUACAGAUUAAAGGGCAAUAUUAAUACCCACAAUUCCAUGCAAGUUCUGCGACUGAAAAAGAAGAAUGGCAGAAGAGAGCAAGCCUGUGUGGGAAGAGAGCUGACUGCUGCUGCAUUGUUUCAGUAGUCGGAACCAGCAGUGAAGAGACCAGCGAGGGAAGGUUACAGUUCUGCUAUGAUCCCAGCUUUUGUCUGUACCAAGUCUAAAAGGGAUCUACUGAAAUACCA